UUAAAUGUUAAGAGAAGCACGUGAAACCAAGCUAGGUUACCUAAGGAUCGGACUGCCUACCUACCAUGUCUUUGGGUCAAUCUGACCUGUUCGAUCAAUCGCACGCUCCAGAUCAAUCGCACUCUAAAAAUAAAACUGUAGUACUAUGAGAUCAAGCAAGAUAACACUCUCUUCCUUUAUUGCCGUCGCCCACCGCCUCCAUGCAACCCGCAGCCGCACCUCGUCGUUUCCCGUCGCAUUUUUGGCGCCGAGUUAUUCUCAAUCUUUGUAAACUUAACAAGGCUGCAGAAGCAGUUCGUUUAUGCUAUGAAUUGGUGGAGAAAGGUUUACAUCAAGACUUGACCCUAAAUGACCUAGUAGCUGCUUUAGAGGUAGAGGAAGAAUAGAGGAGGCUUCAUUUAUAUCAAAGAGAAUACCAUGACCAGAGAACUUGGACAGAUCUGAACGUAAUAAUAACUCUAAGAAAUCUAGGCCUAAUUAAACGCCAGUCACAUUCACUGCCUUUUCACUCUUCUGCUUUAAAGAACCAAAUCAUGGAUGCACUACGAUUCUCCACCGCUCACCCACAGCUCCUCCUCCCUCACAACCGCCACCCUCUCCACAAAAUGCUGCCCACCACUCUUCAAGCAAACCCUCGUCCCAAGCUCUUCAUCGCCGGCGCCUUCUCCAAACCCGCAGAGUUAGUUUCCAUUCCUUCUCCCACUCCCGUUGAGUCGCCAAUGUCUCCUCCUCCUUCAAUCAGGGUUUCUCCUGAUUCACUUCAAUAUCCACCUGGUUACGUCGGAGCUGUUCCUGACCGAUCACAUUCUGGUAACGACGAUGAUAUAAACGGUGCUAUGGAUUAUUUGACUAAGAUACUCUCUUCUAGAGUCUAUGAUGUUGCCGAGGACUCUCCUCUUGAAUUGGCACCAAAGCUAUCUGAAAGACUUGGUGUUAACAUUUGGCUCAAGCGCGAGGAUAUGCAAACCGUUUUCUCGUUUAAGCUCCGUGGAGCUUAUAAUAUGAUGGCUAAACUUCCAAAGGAAGUUUUGGAGAAAGGGGUUAUAUGCUCUUCUGCUGGAAAUCAUGCUCAAGGAGUUGCCUUGUCUGCCAAGAGAUUGAAAUGCAACGCUGUUAUUGCUAUGCCCGUUACCACUCCUGACAUCAAGUGGAAAUCUGUGGAGAGGAUGGGUGCUACUGUUGUUCUUAUAGGAGAUUCCUAUGAUGAAGCACAAGCAUAUGCUAAGAAGCGCGCAAAAGAGGAGGGUCGUAUGUUUAUACCUCCUUUUGAUCAUCCCGAUGUUAUUGCGGGUCAGGGAACUAUUGGGAUGGAAAUUUGGCGCCAUAUGCAGGGCCCGGUUCAUGCAAUCUUUGUGCCUGUGGGAGGUGGUGGUCUCAUUGCUGGUAUUGCCGCUUAUGUGAAGAGGGUUUCUCCACAGGUAAAGAUUAUUGGAGUGGAACCUACUGAUGCGAAUGCUAUGGCUUUGUCACUUCAUCAUGGCCAUAGAGUGAUUUUGGACCAGGUUGGAAGAUUUGCAGAUGGUGUGGCUGUUAAAGAGGUUGGUGAAGAAACUUUUCGCUUGUGCAAGGGAUUGGUAGAUGGUAUUGUUCUUGUAAGCCGUGAUGCAAUUUGUGCAUCGAUUAAGGACAUGUUUGAGGAAAAAAGGAGCAUAUUAGAACCAGCAGGCGCUCUUGCUCUUGCUGGAGCUGAGGCAUACUGCAAGUAUUAUGGGAUCAAAGGGGAAAAUGUUGUAGCAAUAACCUCUGGAGCAAACAUGAAUUUUGAUAAACUUAGAAUAGUAACUGAACUUGCUAAUGUUGGUCGUAAACAAGAAGCUCUGAUGUUAACUGUCCUUCCAGAGGAGCCUGAUAGUUUCAAACGGUUUUGUCAAUUGGUGGGGCAGAUGAGUAUCACAGAAUUCAAAUACAGAUACACUUCCAGGGACAAAGCUGUUGUCCUUUACAGUGUUGGGGUUCACACACCCAAAGAACUAAGAAAAAUGCAGGAGAGAAUGGAAUCAUCUCAGCUUGAAACUCACAAUCUCUCAGAAAGUGACGUGGCGAAGGAUCAUUUGCGUUACAUGAUGGGAGGCCGGUCGGAUAUCCUGAACGAGGUUUUUUGUUGUUUUACCUUUCCAGAAAGACCUGGUGCUUUGAUGAAAUUUUUGGAUUCCUUCAAUCCGCGUUGGAAUAUCAGCUUAUUCCAUUACCGUGCGCAGGGUGAAUCUGGAGCAAAUGUACUAGUUGGAAUACAGGUUCCAGCUAACGAGAUGGAUGAAUUUCAUGAUCGUGCCAACAAACUUGGAUAUGACUAUAAAUUGGUGAAUAACGACCCUGUCUUCCAACUUUUGAUGCAUUGAUUGUUUCAUGCAAACUGUCUUUUUCUUCUAAUUAUUAGGCUUUGAGGAAAUAGAGUCAAUAUUCAAUAGCAACUUCCUUAUCAUUAUUCAAGACAUUAUAAAAAUCAGUUUCUCUACAUUCCUCAAAAAAUGAAAUUAAACCCUUUAUUUUUCCAUAGCAACAUCAGUAAGCAUAUCAUUUGAUUGUAAAAGUUUA